AUGCAUGGAGAAACAACAACAUCAUCGUUGUCGUCGUCAUCUUCAACAUGUGGAGUUGUUGAAACCAAUGAGCUAGAUUCUGGAUUGACGACACCAAUUACAUCACCUGCACUGACAAUGGAGAGUGGAUCAUUCUCUGACAGUGAUAUCCUCACCACAAGUAACACCAACAAUACAACACCGAUUCUCACUGGAAACAGUGUGAGUUGUUGCUCCAAUGGCAAAUGCACAGGAGGAGGCACAAGUGUUGGCCAACAGGAUGGUGCCGGUCAAGACACCAAGAGCACAAUCACCAUAAACGAAACUGGCAGUAAUAACAGUAUCGGUGAUUUACUAUCGUCACUUGCAACACCACCACCAACAACAGUUAUACCAACAACACCCGAUCUAUCCAGCGGCAAUCCAAUGACACUGGAUGAGUUACUACAAGCCAAUUGUCGUGAAAUACACUCCUACCUCUAUGUCGGUGAUCUCAACGCAAUCCUCACACUCACAAACCUUCAACUUAAAGAUACUCAACAAAUUCGUUGUAUCGGAUUUGAUAGUUCAAUUGAACCACAAUCAAAAACACAAAGACAUUUCCAAUAUCAAAUUAUAGAGUUUGAAUCAGAAACAGAUAUUUUAUCGAUUACAAAACAAUUUGAUGACCUUUCUCAAUUAAUUCUCGGUAGAGGUAGAGAUACACCGUGCCUAAUUCAUGAAUGUUGUUUUGGUUUAAUAUUAGCUUCAAUCUAUUUGAUAAAGUAUGAAUUAUUUUCAUUACCACAGGCAAACGAUUUGAUUGGAUACAAUGAUAUGUAUGGAACUUCACAGAAACACUCUCACUAUCAAAAAGUUGAUUCCUGUACUUUGAUUGGUGAUAUCACAAGUUACUACUAUCGAAAUAUGACAAAGAGAAGAAUCACUUCACAACAGAAAGAACAACAACCACAACAACCAACACCACCAGUAACCCCAACCAAAAAGAAAACAUCACUACUCAAAAAGAUAUUUUCUAGUGGUGGCAGUGGUGGUAGUGGUAAUACUGCUGGUAAUGCCAAGACCAACACUGGUGGUUCAACUUCUAAUACACCAUCCAAAUCAACCAAACCAAACGAUAACAACGAUAACGAUAACAAUCAACAACAACAUUCACCAGAGGUAUCAGAGGAGGCAGAGUUACCCAAGUUUGAACGUGACAAGAAGACGCAACCCGAUAUUGUAGCGGUAGACUAUCUCAGUUUGCCAGACCAAUAUAAAGAUAUUAUUAAGAAAUGGAAUGUUAAACACGAAGAUAUAGUAGCACACUGGGAGGUUACCUUGUCACUUCUCUACUUCCAGACUAAAGUUAAGUUCUUCCCGUCGGAGCAUCAGCAGCGUGAGAUUCUAACGAGAAAGAGCACCAAAAAGUCAUUGAAAACCGUCACCAAAAAAGAUAGUGGUAGCAAUAUUCCUUCAUCUUCGUCACCACCACUGAUGUCGGCUGGUUCGCCACAACAACAGUCGGCACCACAGUUAUCUUCACAACUUCAAACAUCAACUACAUCUACGAGCAGUGCAAGUUCAUUGUCAUCGUCGGACAAAGAACAAACUGCAAAAGAGAAGGAAAAGAAAGACAAGACCAUUCCUCUCGAUAAACGUAUUGCAUCGGUCACCUACACCGCCUACUCCAAGAAAUCACAUGACCAACUGGUGAAGCGAUCCAGUUCCGACUUUAAGAAGAACUACAGUAUCAAAGAGCGUGUUGGUAAAGGUGGUUUUGGUAGUGUUUACGCUGCUCGUAGCAAUAGUGCCAAGGGCAAAGUUGCACUGAAAAAGCUGGAUCAUGCCACCUCCAAAGACAAGAAGUUCAAUUUCAAGGAGAUUCGUGUACUCGAUUUCUGUAAACAUCCAAACAUUAUAACCUACCAUGAGUCGUAUGUACUCGGCGACAAAGCAUAUAUAUCGAUGGAGUUUAUGGAGGGAGGAACACUCUCAGAGGCAUCCUAUCAAUAUCCAUUCCAAGAAUCCAACAUUGCCUACGUGGCACAAGAGAUCCUCUUGGGAAUCCACUAUCUACAUACCAACCAGUUUGUUCACCGUGAUCUCAAGUCACAGAACAUCAUGAUGACAACCGGAGGUGAUAUUAAGAUCAUCGAUUUCGGUUUAUGUACACCGCUGAUCAAACAUUCUGAGCGCACAAGAAUGUGUGGAUCACCACUUUGGAUGCCUCCAGAAAUGAUAUUGCAACGUCCACACAGCUACACCGCUGACAUAUGGAGUCUUGCCGUUUGUCUUUUGGAGCUGGCCAAUCGUAAUCACAAGCUAAGAAAGGACCCAAUAAAGACAAUGUUUAUGGUGGGAACAGAGGGUAUCAAAGAGCCCUUCGAAGAUCCAAACCGUUGGUCUGACAACUUCCAAGAUUUCAUUUCAAAAUGUCUGAGAUUCACUCCAUCCGAACGUCCAACAGCACUGGAACUGCUGAAUCACCCUUUCAUCCAACAAGCAGAUACCAAGAAGAAGAUGGGUAAAAUCUUAUCAUCUAUUUUCUUAAAGAACAUCGUUGGAAUUUAA